GUACGCACCUCGGAUUGUGCGGUCAACUAUACAAGGUACGAACCUUGCAGUUGAACCGACAAUCUACUCCUAAAGCCUUUUUAAGGUCAGGAUAAAAAAGUUCCUACACAUCAAUACAGUUGAAUUUACGAAACGAAUUUAAAAAAAAAUGGCGUUCUUUGUGUUUGUGCUAUUGUGUGUUGCUGUUGCUGAAGUGAAAAGCGCGAUUUUAAACCCGUGGAGCAAAGUUGAGGCCGUUGAAUGUGGUGUGGAAGCAAGCACCAACUUGGUCCAUCAUAAUCCUUGGCUGGUCUACAUCGAGUAUUGGCGUGGAGACACGGAUACUGAAAUCCGAUGCGCCGGUACCUUGAUCGACAGCAAGCAUAUCGUCACAGCUGCCCAUUGCGUUAAGACUCUGAAGUUCAGUCGUUUAGUCGCCCGUCUUGGCGAAUACGACGUAUAUUCUGAGGAGGACUGCGUUCAGGGAGUUUGUGCCGACCCGGUCGUCCGGAUCAAUGUGGCUGAAAUCAUCGUGCACCCUAACUAUAGCAACCGGGAACAUGAUAUUGCGAUAUUAAGGCUUGAAAAAGAAGCUCCUUAUACCGAUUUCAUCCGACCCAUCUGUUUACCUUCUGGCGAUCUCGAGAAAGAUACCCAGUUCUUCGCAGCCGGCUGGGGUGAGAUCCCCACGAAAGGUUUCUUUAGCCACGUGAAGAAAAUCAUCCCAUUGCCGUACUGGACAAGGGAGGAAUGCCAGAGGGUAUACCAGUACAAUCACAUCCCGGAAAACGUGAUCUGCGCUGGUGGGGAGGAGGGCAUCGAUACUUGUAGGGGUGACUCUGGAGGUCCUUUAACUCGAGUGAGAGACACCAUUGAGCUGUGGGGAGUGACCAGCCAUGGUAACAUCCACUGCGGCACAAAGAACUCUCCUGGCAUUUACACCAGCGUCGCUGACCAUCUGGACUGGAUUAAGACUGUUCUCGAUUCUUAAAUAAGUGGAAAUUACCGACUAAGGCAUCGUCUUACGGCUUUCGAGUUUAUGUAAAUAUUAAUACUGACAAAAUGUAAAAAAAAUAGUUUUAAGAUUUGAAAACUGACGACAAAUGAUCUCUUUAAUCUUAAUUUUAAAACUUAAAAAGCUUUAUUUAAAAUGAAAUAAAAAAAUGAUAAGUACAUUUUAAAUGUGGAUUAUUUAUUUUGUUUAGUUUAAAUGAAAUAAUAAUUGUGUAGUCUGAGUCUGUGCCUUACAAAAACCAUUCCAUGUACAAUUAAUAUUAAUAUUUAUUGUAUAUAAAAUCACUUUAUUUUAAAAUGUAAUUUUCCAUUGACGAGAAAUGUCUAAAAUUCACAUGUGCCUUAAUUGCCACACACUAGUACUUAAAGGACCAACUUGUUGUAAGAUAACUUAAUUAUUUAUUAUUUUAAAAUCUUAAGGAGACAGCUAGUACCUCUCUCACACAAAUAGUUUUUAUAAGUGCCACAAGUAUUCUCUUUACAAAAUAAGAAAAGUAAAUUGAAUUAUUAAAAUGUCAUUACAUGUCAUAUUCAACGACUUUUCGAUUUUGUCUUCGCUUUAAUAGAAAUAAAUGAACAAAAUAUGGUUUAAUAGAAAAAAAAAACAGUACAAAUAAUAUUUAAUUUUUGUUUUCAUGAUUUGUUUUUUUUUUAUUUUACAAUUAAUUCCAAAUAACAGUACGUUACAAUACACCGAAAACAUACCAGUGAUUAUUUGGGAUUGUCUCAGAAAGUGGCGAGCAAGUCGUAAAAAAUAUUUAUAAAUUUU